CGGUCAUCAGUCAGAACACUAAAACAUAAUAAACGUCAUUCAAGGACUAUCCUCAAGCAGAAGCAGUAGAUUGUGUCAAUCAUCAUGGGCAAAGACUACUACAAUGUACUAGGGGUACAGCGCGGAGCCAGUGAAGACGAUAUAAAGAAAGCUUAUCGUAAAAUGGCCCUCAAGUACCACCCAGACAAGAACCAGUCACCAGAUGCUGAGAGCAAGUUCAAAGACAUUGCAGAGGCUUACGAGAUACUGAGCGACCCAGAGAAGAAGAAGAUCUAUGACCAGUUUGGAGAGGAAGGGCUCAAAGGCCGUGGCCCAGCUGGUGGUGGGUUUAGCGGGUUCUCGGGUAACGUCGACCCUCACGAGAUCUUUAGGAGUUUCUUCGGUGGGCAGGAUCCAUUCGGGGGCAGUGCAGGAGGAAACACAUUCUUUUUCUCAUCAGGGAAUCCAAAAGGUGGAAGUGGUGGUCGUAUAUUCAUGACACCAAACGGACCACAGGUUGAUGGAGGCAUGGAGGACAUGGAGUUUGAGUCUUUUGGAGGUGGAAAUCCUUUUGGACUGUUUGGCGGAAUGGGAGGAGGAAAAGGUUUCCAGAAUUCCAAGCGUAAAGAUCCUCCCAUCGAACGUCUUCUAAACCUAACUCUCGAGGAACUAUACAGAGGCUGUGUCAAGAACCUUAAAAUCACAAAGCAAGUGAUUAAUCCUGACGGAACCAGAUCAUCACAAGAUAAGAUCAUUACGAUAACUGUUAAACCAGGCUGGAAAGAAGGGACCAAGAUAACAUUUGCAGAAGAAGGUGACCAGUCUCACGGUAGAAUACCAGCUGACAUCAUCUUUAUUGUCAAACUCAAACCUCACGAUUUAUUCCGUCGGGAUGGCAACAACCUACGCUACACAGCUAACAUAUCUCUUCGUGAUGCUCUCUGUAGUACUUCGAUACAUGUACCAACUAUCAGUGGAGACAUGGUUUCACGUGAUGUCCGUGAAAUAAUUGAUCCAAGAACUGAAGUAAGACUAGCUGGAUAUGGCAUGCCACUAUCAAAGUCACCAGGAAGAUAUGGAGAUCUCAUUGUAGACUUUAAUAUAAUAUUUCCUACAUCACUUCCACAUGCAUCAAGAGAACUAAUUUUAAAUGCUUUACCAGCAUAACAAAUAACUUAUUAUCUUAUUUGUUUUUAGUGUUUGUUGUUAUUGUAUGUUCUUUUGUUUUGUGUUCACUAACACUGUGAUUUAUCGCAAGUAAAA